AUGGAGCUGGCGUACCUCCACUCGAUUGUGUACCUCCUUUACGACGGUUACGUCAGCAAGGUUCUCAUGGCCGAGCUCGCCGGCUUGACGGAAACCAUGAAGAAGCAGUGGAGGGCGGUGUGGGAGGAGGUCAGGUUCUUGCCGACCGGGAUGUGGACGGUGAUAUGGGCAAGGGGCGCUUUCCUCCCAAAGACCCGGUUCGAUGACAUUCUCGGCAAGUAUCGAGCGUACAAGAUAUCAGGCGAUGAGCACCACGCCGCGCUCUUGCCGGCGAUCUGGUUCCCGGUCGAUGCCGACUCGAAGGAAGGGAAGGCGAAGUCGGAUGCAAUGAUGUCGGCCAUGAUUGAUCGCGUGUCCUUGUGCGCUGCGUAUGGGAAAGUCGCUGCUGCCGCGGCGAGGAAGGAGGGCGAAACGGAUGAGACGACGGCGUUGGUGGCACAGGCGCUAUCGGCCUUCGCUUGCGCCCUGUGGUGCUUAGUUGAGGGCGACGCCGCCCAGGUGGCCGAUGCUGUGCGCGAAGGGAAGGCGGCGGCGAUGGUGGUCGGUGCGAGCGGGAAGACCGGUGAUGAGUUCAUGAAGGUCAUGACGGCGGUGCUGGAGGCCGCGAAGAGCAGGGAGCAACCCCUCGGGGAGGUUGCGUACAACGUCGCAACGGCGCUGGAGUCUACAGCUCUGGCGAGAGCCUAUCCGGGGUUGGAUGGAGAAGUCGAAGCCCAAGUGAUCGCACGAGCGACGGUGGAAACCAUGGCGUUCUGGGGAAUGUGCCCCAAGGAUGGGCCGAAACUCAAGAAGAUCGGCAUCGCGGUGCCGCUUGACGCGCAGAUGGCGAAGCUUAUCGAACACAGGGGGAGGAAGGGCCAGAGGGGCAAGCAGGGCAAGGACAGCUCGGGGAAGAAGGGCCAGAAGGGGAAGCAGGGCAAAGACAGCACGGCGGCUUAG